UCUGCGUUGUGAGAAGGACAACUUUUAGAAAUAAUAAUCACUUCUCUGUAGUGAUGAUCGCAUUUACAGCACUGAUAAUGAUCCUCGGUACGUUUGCAUAUAAUAAAGUUGAUCGUAGUGAUUGCAUUAAAUCGAGGAUAUUUAAUCUCGACGUAUCACAGAGGGAUUUAAUAGGAUAUGCGUUACCACGGAAGAGAAUAGCCAAGUGUAUUCAUCAUUGACAUUUAUUUGCGUGGACGGCACCGUAAUGCCAUUAGCGAACGUUUGCGAUGGUAUCCCUCAUUGUCCAGACUCGUCGGACGAAGUCGGAACACUGUGCCGUCACGUUGUAUGCCCCACGUCUAUGUACAGAUGCAAUUACGGUGCCUGCGUGAGUCGCACGGCGCGAUGCGACGGUCUAGCGGAUUGUGUGGACGCUAGCGACGAGAUCGCUUGUGACCGAGAUGCCAAGGACGUUUGUUCCGACAGAGAUUUCCAGUGUUCUGCCGCUUAUCACGAGUGCAUACCUAUCGCCGAGGUGUGCAACGGCUAUAAAGAUUGUUCGGACGGGAGCGAUGAAAAUGCGACCAUCUGCCGCGAAUACACGUGUCCCGAGCACACGUUCCGCUGUUCGUACGGUGGUUGCGUCCACCAGGAAGUGCUCUGCGACGGUGUUAAGGAUUGCGUCGACGGCACCGACGAAGACUCGAGCACGUGCGCGGUUGUCGAUUGCGAAGGUCAGGAGUGCCCACAAUACGAGUGCCGAGACCAAGAAUUCGCAUGCGAGAACAGACGGCAGUGCCUACCGUUAGCCAAAGUGUGCGACGGCACUCGGCACUGCGCAGACGCAUCUGAUGAAAGUACAAAGUUGUGCGAAGCGUAUGAGUGUCCUGAGAAUUGGUUCCGCUGCUCCUACGGCGGAUGCAUUCGGCCGGAGCUGAAAUGUAACACCCGACUUAAUUGUCACGACUGGAGCGACGAGGACGAGUCUCUGUGCGGGAUAACGUUGCCCGAAGGCGCGUGCCGAUUGCCCCCCGCAGAAGCGGGGACCCAUUACAGCGUGAGCGGAUGCUCCAGGUGUCGGCCGGGCGAAGUUGUCCCCGAGCUCACGCGCCUGGACUACGCCUGUGACGUCGAGGGUUCCCUGCAAGGCGCCAGUGAGAUUUAUUGCCAGCAUAAUCGGUGGUUCCCCGGUAUCCCGAGUUGUACCUUCAGAAAUGACACGGAAGGAAUAACGUGCCCGGCACUGUCUGAGGCACACGAUGCGAUUAGACGAUGCGAGGCGAUGUGGGGUCCUCACAAGGGGUGGCUGCCUUGCGAUCGAGCCCUCCCGGUUGGCACACGGGUUUUCCUCGAAUGCCCGGCAUUUUACGAGCGUAGCAAAGGAUCUUCCAGCGUCAUGUGCCUUCACGAUGGCACGUGGAGCCAGUCGCUUUUGAGUUGUACUCCUAUCUGCGGGGUGAGAGACUCUACAGCGGCAGCAUUGAUCGUAAAGGGAUGGCGUGUCGAGGGUGAAGAGUCGCUGCCGUGGCAAGCCACUCUCUUCUCGCACGAAGAUGGCCAAUGGAGAUUCUUUUGCGGUGGCACGUUGAUUGCGGAGCGCGUUGUGUUAACUGCCGGCCACUGCGUUUGGAAGACCGCGGCAGACACGAUGCGCGUCGCUUUCGGGAUUCUCUCGAGUGACUUGAGUCAAGUAGGAGAAAACGCGCAGGUGAUCGAUGUGGAGAGCAUCGAGCUGCAGAACGCGUAUCAAGAUCACGAGAGUAACUACGGCUCGGACAUCGCGUUGCUGAUUUUGAAGAGAGCCGUGGCUAUCAACUCGGUUGUCGGACCAGCUUGCGUUCCCUGGCAUUCCGAUGCAAUAUUACUGGAAUAUCAGCGGAACGGUGGGCUUGGAUUAGUUGCCGGUAUGGGACUGACGGAGAACGACACGUUCAGUCCAGUCUUGAGGGUAACUACAAUGAAAAUCAUUUCUGACGACGAGUGUCGUCAAAAUCAGAACAGAGAUUUUCGAAAAUACGUAACUUACACUUCCUUUUGCGCCGGAUGGGCGAAUGGUACUGGGGUAUGUAACGGAGACAGUGGCGGCGGUUUGGUGCUGCAGCGGCCGGAUUCUAGUGUUUGGGAAGUUCACGGAGUUGUAUCCGUCAGCCCACGGAGAUUGGAUACCAACGUAUGCGAUCCAAACUUCUAUGCUGUUUUUACGAAGGUUUCUAUGUACACCAACUGGAUUCAUGAGGUGAUCGAGAGCAUACCUAUAAUCGGCAUAUCUGACUUUAAUCGACAACCGAAUAGAGAUAACAUUGUUGUUUAAAGACUUCAAAGAAUCACAAACUAAAACGAUUUCAAUUGUAAUAUAUAUUUGAAUAAAACUAAACCAUAAAUGUAUUUAUUAUACAUGUAUAUUAAAAUGGCCUAGUUUACAUCGUGCACUUGAUACGCGUAUCAAGUAGUGUAUUUGAGCUGAUCAGCCAAUGAUUAAACUGACUACUAGUUAUUUACUAUUUGAUACGCGUACCAAGUGAUCGAUGUAAACUAGGCCAAUAUGUAUAAUUAGAAAAAUU